AUGAAUAAGGAUGAAGCUGACAAAUGCCGUGAACUUGGCUUCCAAGCUCUCAAAGCCAAAGAUUUUGAUAAAGCCAUACGCUUCUUCCAAAAAGCAGUAAAAUUCGACCCAAGUCAUGAAAAUCAAAGCUACCUAACUCUUGCUGAAGAAAAGAAAGCAAAGCAUGGAGCUGCUCAGCAAGAAGAAACAAAAGCCCCUGAAGAAGCAAAAACACCAACAUACACCCCACACCAAGAAGAGCUAUGUCACAAAAUCUUAUCGAAAGAAGACUUUUAUGAAAUUUUAGGCGUAAACAAAGAUGCUUCAUUAGAUGAUAUCAAAAAAGCUUACAAAAAAUUAGCCUUAAAGCUUCACCCUGAUAAGAAUCAGCAUCCUAAAGCGACUGAGGCUUUUAAAAAAGUUAACAGAGCUUUCUCGUGCCUUACUCCCCCAUUUUACUAUAGUCAGUCUAACUGCUUAUGUAAUUUUUUUCAAUCUCUAAAAUAAAAAUUCUUUUAUAAUGUGAUAUUUAUAAUAUUUUAAGCGUUACUAAUAGCUUAUAUUUAUAUUAUUUUGAUUUCUUCAUUCAUUCAACUUAAAUCCUUUUAAAAUCGCAAUAAGCCAAUAUUUGAAAAAAAAAAUUAAAAAAAUUAGAAAAAAUUCAUACAAAACUUUUAUAAUUGUAUUUAUUUUAAUAAUUUUAACGCUUUUAAUUAAAAUAUUUAAUUCUUUGAUUAUUAAAAUUGCGCCUAUAUUUUUUAAAAUAGUAUAAAUUUUGUUUCAUAAUAAAAUCUUAAUAUUUUUAUAAUUUAUGUUCAUAUUAAUAAUUAGCAUAAAAGUGUUCAUCAUUAAAUGGGGAGUUAGUGAUGAAACUAAAAGGAGAACUUAUGACCAGACCGGCCAUGAAGAGACUCCACAAAGUGGGGUCCCUCAAAACUUCGACACAAUGUUUGCUGACUCCCUCCCCCCUUUAAAUUGGAAGAAAAAAUAUCUGUAAAUUUCCAUUUUUUUGAGACUUCAACCCUUCUUUAAAUUGGAACAAUUUUUUUAAUGAAAAAGAGCAAGUAGAAUAUUUAUUUAUACACUUUUAACGGAAUCAAUUAAUUUUUCGAAUUAAUUCUUCAUAAAAAUUAAAAAUAUUGCAUUCAAUUUAUUAUAUAAAGGUUUUAAAUAACUCCCUUGAAAUAGGAACAAGGUUUUUAUCCAAUUUAAAGGGGAUUGAGCACAUUUUCCAAGAGUUUUUCGGAGAAAGCUUUUUUAUGCCGAGAGGUGGUUUCCACUACACAAAUGUCCACUUCCCAAAUGGUAAUGCUUAUUAUCAGCAAAGAGGCCAAAACCAACAAAAUAGGCAGCGGCAGGGCUAUUUGCCACUUCUUCAGCUUAUGCCUGUUAUCUUGCUUCUUUUAAUAUCAGUUAUCUCUACUUAUCAGUCACAAGGCGACUAUUUUUCUUUCCACCCUACAAGGGAAUAUUCAUAUGAAAAAUAUACCAGAAAUUUGAAUGUGAAGUAUUAUGUUGAGCCUAGCUAUGCAAGGGAACUUAGGCAAGAUAUGUCUGAGCUUCAGAGAUUAGAAAGCCAGGUAGAAAAGACUUAUUUAGGCCAGCUGAAAAGAGAGUGCUCAAAUGCAAAAGAAAAGAAAUCAAUUUUACUUACAACCUCAUCUCUGUGAGUGAGAAAAGUCAUUGGAAAAAUCGAAAGAUAUCAACCUCCAUAAUCUAAAAUAUUUUUUUAUCAAUCAUAUUGCAAUAUGUGGGUGAUAAUUAUUAUAAUUAACUCCUUACUCCCCCUCUGUAAGCGAACAAAACCAUUGGAAAUCUCUAUUUUUUUUGUAAAAACCCUACUCGUGAUCAAAUAAAAGUUUUUUUAAUGUAAUUUUUUUAUAAAAAAAAUUAAUAUAUAAGAGAUAAUUAUUAUAGAAUCUCUAGUUAAUUCUGUUUAAUUUUAAAACAAAUUUUAAAAAUAAAAUUAUAUAAAAUUUUUAAAAAAAAUUUAACCCUCUUCUUUUGCAAACAAUUUUUUUUUUCGCUUAUGGAAGGGUGAGAGUUAGCGAAGGUCAGAAUUUUUGAGUUGUACAAGGGGAGUUAAUAAGGCGAAAUAUUAUUCAGGAAGAAGCUCAAGCUAUUAUAAAGAGAUGGCAGAAGGCGUUGAUAUGUGGUCGUGUGAAAAAUUGCAAGAAUUAUUGAAGACUUAA